CAUGAUGGCUUCCUGUGGAGAGCAGCUGUUUUCUGAAAUCGACCAGCUUCGUGUUCAGUUGUUAUCCAGCGUUGGAGUCACGACAGAAAGCCAGCCUGAAGGUGCCGAAGGAGAAAUCUGUCAGGGGGGAAUUUUAUCACGGAUCGAAAGUGUAAUCCUGGGAAUAGUGACCAGUCUGUCCAAAGACAAGGCCCCUGUUCUGGUGCUGCCAAACAGAUCCAGUUGGGCCAAUGUCAGUUUUGACUGCGCCAUUGGGCUUCAGAUGAGUUCAGAACAUUCAGUCACCUCCAUUAAGAGUGACUGUCCUUCAUCUGCGGCUAAAUUCGCUCAGAUUCUCAAGAUCCUCUCUGUCAUCUACAAACUGGUUCAGAGUAACUCGUAUGCAACAAAAAGAGACAUAUAUUACAACGACACGCAGCUGUUCGUGUCACAGAGGUCUGUGGACAGCAUAAUGGACGACAUCUCCUGCAUGCUGAAGGUUCCUCGCAGAUCACUGCAUGUGCUGUCCACAUCUAAGGGCUUAAUCUCAGGUGAUCUGUGCUACUUGGAAGAGGACGGCACAAGGAUCGACUGCCACUCCAGCUCUGCUGUCGUCCCAGUUUCAUCAAACAUCAGCGGCAUUAGAAAUAUCGUAUCAUCAGCUAAAUUUGUCAUGAUAGUCGAGAAGGAUGCGACGUUCCAGAGACUGCUGGAUGACGACUUCUGUACAAAGCUAUCUCCUUGUAUCCUAAUCACAGGUAAAGGUGUGCCUGACUUGAACAGCCGAUUGAUGGUGAGGAAACUUUGGGACACGCUGCACGUUCCCAUCUUCGCCCUGGUGGACGCCGACCCUCAUGGCAUUGAGAUCAUGUGUAUCUACAAGUAUGGAUCAGUGGCAAUGUCAUUUGAGGCCCACAGUCUGACCGUCCCCAGCGUUAUGUGGCUAGGCCUCCUCCCCUCAGACCUGCAGAGGUUAAGAGUUCCUGAGGAGUCCUUGAUUCCCCUCACCAAGAGAGAUGAAAGCAAACUGAACAGUCUGCUGAAGAGACCGUACCUAAGCAGCCAGCCUGAAUGGCAAAAAGAGAUGGAACUGAUGCAGCAGACUAAGGUCAAGGCUGAGAUCCAAUCCCUGGCUGCCAUAGACCCUGACUUCCUGACCAACAUCUACCUGCCCAACAAACUUCGCUACGGAGGCUGGGUAUAAGAACAAGGCUGCCCCUUAGUGGACGGAUAAGUGAACUUCUGAGUUUACUUGAUAAAAUGUUUAAAAAUGUUACACAUCACCUUAUUGGAUAGACUUGAAAGUUAUUGUUGAAUAUAUAUUUGUGUGUGUGUGUGUGUGUGUGUGUGUGUGUGUGUGUGUGUGUGUGUGUGUGUGUGUGUG